CAUAAUGUAAAUUGCUUCUAGAUUUGGCGUUUGAGUUAAAAUUUUGCAUUUUGAUGCUUUAAAAAUACGUUUCUUCUUCAAUUAAGGCAUUUAAAAUGUCUUCAAUAAAUAUUGGUUAAUUCCUUGCAAUGGCUCAAUACUAUCAAAUAGUUGGGCAAGGGCAUUCAGUGACUCUCGAGGAUCUACAAAGAUAUAAUUUAAUAUGUUCUGAUGGCAUUAUAGUUAAUCAAGAUGAUCAACAACAGUAUACACAACAGCAGGUGGUUGUUCAACGCACAGAACAGCCCAACGACCUAGUAGUAAAUGACAGUGUCCAACCUCAAUUAGUUGUUGGGGAUGGACUGCAAUAUCAGCAACAAUAUAUUAUCCGCCAUGAGCCACCAGCGCCACCACCACCUCUUCAUUCUGAAUUUCAACAACAACAGCAGCAACAGCAACAUCAACAACAAGCUCUCCAUAGACAACAGGUUUACUACACAUCUGAGGCACAGGUUGUGUUGCAACAAGCUCAGCAGAUCAUUGAUGCAUCUUUGAUGCAACAGUCAUCUACACAGCGUCCCCAACAUCUUCAACAGGUUACCCCAGCACAUGUGUUGUCACAGCCCACUGUGAUACAUCCUGCGCAACAACCGCCGCCGCAACCUCCACCCUCACAAACGACCGCUCAACAUGGACCUCCAGCAACCCCACCUCAACAACAACAGCAACAGAUGUCUCGUGCGUCACCUCAACUCAUGCAGCAUUUGCAACAACAUCAUCAGCAAAUCCAAUUGCAACUACAACAGCAGCAACAACAGCAACUCCAACAUCAGUUACAACAACAGCAGCAGCAGCAACAGCAUCAGCAGCACAUGCAAUCUCAGCAGAUACAGCCGCAACAAAUUGUAAUGCACACUACUUACGUUAAUCAAGCCGGAACUCCUACACGUCAAGCUCCACCCAGGUUGCUUAACUCGGGACUAACCAGCACCGGAGGAGGAGUGGCUUUGGUGCGUGCGGCCGCGCGGCCAGUGCGUCCUCGCAGACCCGCAAUGCGAUCUCCUAUGACUACACCGCCUUUAGUGCCACAACGUCUUCUGAACCCUCAACAUCAACAGGCUGCUGUAAGCAACGCGGUUAACGUGGGCAGCGGCCGCGGGCUAGGCAGCACAGUGGCAAGUGUAGCCAGCGGGGGCAGCGGGCGAGGGCUGGGGACGCCUGCGGCGGUGGGGAGCGCGGGGCGGGGCAUCCGUCCGCAGCGACCCGGGUCCCCGCGCGUCCUCAACCCGCACGCUGCGCAUGCGCAGCACCGCACCCCGAGACCACGCACACCGCUACUCGCCCAGCAGCAGCAGCAACAGCAGCAGCAGCAGCAGCAGCAACAACAACAACAUCAACAGCAGCAUCAACUCGCGCAGCAUGUUCUAAACCACCACCAGGGACAGCAAAUCAAUCAACUAAAACUCGCCACACAACAGCAACAAAUUUUACUGAACCAACAAAACCAGCCGCACACUCAGCUAUCCACACGUAUAAUAACCUCACAAGGAACCAUUGUGACACAAACAAUGAGCCCUGCAUCCUCUCACCAUACUGUACAACAAGCAAACCAAAACAACGGUCCUCUACCUCAACCUGUCCUAAACGCAACGCCACAACGAGCCUCUCCUCACCUCCAGCAAAUUCAGCAACAAGUUAAGAAGGUGGUUGUCCAACCAAACAACGCCAACGAUAUGGAUGAUCUCGAAGAAAGUAUAAAGGCUGCGAUCGUGCAGAAAAACGCUCCUAAUGUUAAUGAAACCUUAACACAACCUCAGCAAUUCCAAACAACCCCCCUAAGACAAAGCCAUCCUGUAGGAAUAACUCCAGGCCCACAUAACACGCCACAGCAACACCAAAUAAACUACAGCCCUCAACCCUUCCAACAGCAACAGAUUACAUUUGAACAUGCACAUGUGCAACAACAACACCAACAGCAGCAGCAACAUCAACAACUUCAACACCAGCCGCAACAACCACAACAACAUAUACAGCAGCAACCACAACAGCAGCAGCUUCAACAGACUCAACCAAUGAUUAGUCAAUUAUUAAUGGAACCAGACAAUCCAGAAGAUGAAAGACAGUUUAUAUCACUGGCAAGCGGGCAGCGGAUUUCAGUUGCGGAAUACAAGCGAAUUCACCACUCACGUAUGACACAACAGCAGCAACAGCAACAACUACAGCAAGUGAGAGAGAGCGGUCGGCAAACUUUGGUGCGUAGUAAAGAACAACAAAGACCUGUGCAAAGAGUUCCUCCGAUGCAAACCCAGCCCCAAUCGAAUCAUCUGGCAGCUGUAAACAGUGAAUCAAUGAGUGGACCGUCUGAACAAACAUCAGAGCCGCAAUCGGCGAAAAUGUUAAUUUUCCUACAAAAUGGAGAGCAGAGACUUAUUACUUUUACACUGCCUAAAGAAAGUUGCACACUGCAGGAAGUUCUUGAACAGUGUCAUGUACCUUUUACGGAAGAUACUCACAUACAAUGUAUGCAAAAUAGUAAUAGUGAAAUAGAUUACUUUGUAUCAGUAGGUUCCACUACGAGAAUAGAAGAGAUGCUAGAAAAUCACCCAAUGUUAGUUGGAGAUAUAAGUAGUAGAAGCUCCCCUAAUGUAUUAUCACAACCCCAGAGUAGUGAAAUGUCUACUCCCGAAAAGGGACCAUGUCCUGAUAAUGUAAAUAAUAGUCCUGAAUCUCCAGAACAAAGAUCACCGCCACCACGUUACGUUGAUGGAAUGUUGGCAGUCUGCAAGUCUUGUGGCUAUACCGGCUAUGACUUCAGCCGCUGUCAAAGAUGUAAACGAGUAUUCACGGAAGAACCUAAAAGUAUACCAAUAGCUAGUAAGAAAGUAGAACAAAAGAAAAAAGAACCAGAAAAACCAUUAUUAGAAAAACAGAUCACUUGUGGCGAAGGUAUAAAGUUAAAUUUAUUGAAGUCUACAGUGAAAACACUAACCAGUAAAGCUGUUGUGCAAGAAAAAAAACCUGCUAGAGUUAGAAAGCCUAGAGGAAAGCAACCUGAUCCCGAACCAGUUAUAUUAACCUUGAGUUCAGAUGAGGAAGACUCGAAUAGUUCUAUGGUCAGUAAUCAGCACGAACAAUCAAUAAAUAUAAAGGAACCUUCACUCAGUGAAAUUGAAAGUGGGACCCCGGAUAGUGGCAUCGGAAUGGACCAUAUGGACGAUGAAAGCAGAGAAGAGAUUUCUCAGAAUUUACAAGGUAUUGAAGCUUUCCUCAACUGUCGAACAAUAAGAAUAGGUUCAUACAGAUACACACCAAAAGAAAAGGUACACAUAUCAAUAAGGGGCAUAAAGAUUGUGGCACCAUCAUUAAAAAAUGAAUCAAGGGAAGUUGCACUUCAAAUACCAUUGAAAGAAAUUGUUAGAAUAUUAGUGCAUUUUGGUAAAGGAUUACCAGUUGUUUUCUUAUAUACUAUGAAUAAAUGUGGUGUACAUAUAAGGAAAGCGUUAGAUAUGGUGGAUGAAUCAGGUUUUUACUAUAAUCCUAUGUCAAAAGAAGACCCUUACAAAAGGAUAACUUUGUUGCCUGAAGGAAUGACAGAUGAAGCUAAAAUUGCCUUUAAAGCAUUGUUUGGGAAAGUAAUGGAUGAACUGAGUAAUAGAGAGGCUAAUGAAAUCCUUGUUAGGACUUGUCCUAAGGAGAGCAAUAAUGUCUCAAAAUUGACCACCAGAUCCAUGACAGCUGCCAUUGCUUCAGGAGCUAAAAGUUCUAAUCCUGCUGAAAUACGCCAGAUUUUAAUAUAUCCCCCAGGAAAGGGCGGGAUUCCAAUUAAUACAGAAGAUUACAUGUGCCUAGCUCAAGACCAGUUCUUGAACGAUGUUAUUAUAGAUUUUUAUUUAAAACAUUUAGUUCACGAUAUUUUAACACACAGUCAGAGAGAAAAGACUCAUAUUUUUAGCACAUUUUUUUAUAAAAGGUUAACAACUAAACCCAGCAAAGUGAAUAGAAGUUCAAAUCCUCAUGAAUGGGAUAGUAAUUUAACACCAGCUCAAAAAAGACAUGCAAGAGUGAAAACUUGGACAAAGAAUGUUAAUAUAUUUGAGAAAGACUUUAUUGUAGUUCCUAUUAAUGAAAAUUGUCACUGGUUUGUAGCAAUUAUAUGUUAUCCCAGCUUGGAGGGAUGUAGAAGUAUGAUUGACAACAGGACAGUUAUCCCACAACAAAUUAAAAAGAGAGAGCGCAGGUCGUCAAUGCAGAUAGGCAGCACAACAAUCACCCCAUUAACAAAACAGGAGCAAUUGACAUUGAAUUGUGAUUCAGACAAUCUAAGUGAAAGGGAUGAAGCUGAAGCUGAGGAAAGUGAUUUAGAUAUGCAAUGUGACACGGAUGACGAGGAACAAGAAAAACCUCCACCUGAAAAGAAGCCUGAGGUGGCGGUUGUUAGAAAAAAUGAACCAAUUAAACAACCUUGUAUACUAAUAUUUGACUCAUUAGCUGGUGCUUCCCGAUCUAGAGUUGUGGCAACAUUACGUGACUACUUGACAUGUGAAUAUCAGACGAAGAUCUCCAAAAGCAAAAUAUUCAACAAAGACAACAUCAAAGGGUGCUGCCCAAAAGUGCCUCAACAAAAUAAUUUCACUGAUUGUGGAUUAUAUCUUUUACAAUAUGUAGAACAGUUUUUUAAGGACCCAGUAAUGGAUUAUUCAUUGCCUAUAAAGCAAUUGUCAAAUUGGUUUGAUGAAAUAGUUGUAACAAGAAAACGAGAAGAAAUAUCGAAUUUGCUGAAAACUUUAAUGCACAAAUUUAAUCCAGACUCGCAUUUAGCUUUGCCUGACAUCACAUUCCCAACCUUAAAUGGUAAUUUAAUUGAAACAGAAGAACAGGAUGAUGGCUCAGAUGGUGACAAGGGCACUUCAAGUUUAAACAAAGUCCAAAAAUGUGAAGGCAAAAAUGAAGGACCAACCAUUACAUUUGUGAAACAAACUUCUACUGGUGAAAUAUUAGUGAAACGAAAUUUUGUUGACUCCGCUGAUACUAUUCACCUUAGAAAAUCAAUAAGAGUUUCUAGCGACAAUGAAAAUAGGUCAUUGGUGCAAAUAAAACCAGAAAUGAUAAAGAACAGUGAAAACCAAAUUAUUUAUAAACUGCACCCUAGUGAUUUGGUUAAAGACAUUCAAAACACUUUAAUAGUAAAUAAGAGUAAAACUUUAAGUGACAAAAAGUAUGGUGUACAUAAUCAAAAUGUAUCCAGUGUGAACUGUGUUCGACAAAAUGUUAGUGAAAAUGACAGUAAUUCCUUUCUCAAAGGAAGAAGGAUAAAUAAACUAGAAGAUGUGGUGACGGAAUCAAAUAAAAAGUUUAAAAGAAAUGAAUGUUGAAACUGUUGCCUGUCCAUUUAUCCAAUAAAUUAUUAUAACUUAAUAAACUGUAUAGUUGUUUUGAGGAAUUGUAAAUAUUAGGUAAUGCUAUUUACAUGUAUUUAAUACUGUAUCUUGUUUUAUAAGGAUAAUGUAAAGAUUUUAAAAAUAAUGUACUAUAUAGCUUCCAUAAAUACAAAAUGAUAGUAAGUUAAUAACUAUGUGAUUUUCUUGUUUUAUUACUAGACAUUUUCUAUUUUAGGUAUAAGAUCCUAGACAAAUAAAAUUAAAUCGAAGUAUUCAA